GGGCCCCAUCUGUGGUGGUCUGAGGACUCUUUGUUCUCCUAUCCUAACUUACUUAUAGCUAUGGUAUUACUACGUGUUUGUAAACGUGUCGUUCAUGAUGAAUUUACAAGAAAAAUCAGCAACAUAAUUCCAUGUAGAGCAGCAUUUAAUUUGACGAAAAUGAACAAGAUUCAAUGGCCAGAACUAAGCCAGAAAGAAGAUACGAGAAGGCACCUCAGUAUGAAAAAAGAAACUAAAUUCCACGUCCGAAAAAUAAAAUCAGAGGAUAAAGAAUGCGUGAUUGAUUUUCUAAGGAAAUAUUUCUUACGUGACGAGCCAAUGUCCCAAGCAGUGAAACUUAUAAACGGUCCAAAUGAUCGAUGUAUGGAAGCUGAGAAAAGUGUAGCCAGUGCUAUUGAUGAAGGAUUCUCAGUAACCGCUGUUGAUGAAAACGAAGAGCUAGUGGGAGUCGUUAUCAAUGCGGCAAUGCAUAAAAAUGACUGCAGUGACUAUAAACAAGCAGUAGAGAAAUGUGCAAAUCCCAAAUUCAGACGCAUUCUUACCGUUCUAAUGCAUAUGCGAGAAAAAUCCCGACUUUGGGAAAAAGUGCCAAGUAGUUGUGGUAUGGUAAUGGAUCUUACGAUGGCAUCUGUACACCCGAAUUGGAGAAAAAGACACGUCAUGGAAAUACUGGCCAGGGAAUCAGAAACAAUUGCAAAAGACGUUGGUGCAUGUGCAAUACGCAUGGACGCGACGUCGUUUUACUCAGGGCGCGCAGCUGAACGAUUGGGGUACAAGAACAUAUACUCAAUCAAAUACGCUGACUUGCCAGAUGCACCACAACCUGAACCGCCCCACCUCGAAGCUAGGGUUUACAUGAAACUAUUACAAGAUGCUGUUUACAAACAAUGUAUGUUGUACAAACAGGUUAGUUUCGGUAGGUUCCUGUUUCUGAUGUUAUAUGUGUUAUGUUAUAUGUUCCACCGUGUCCUCCGGGCGGUCUUCGCAGUGAUGACACCCGGGCGUUUCCUCCCGCCCAAUCAAAAACAGGAUCCUACCGAAAUUCCUGUGUCCGGGUCCAGAGAGACAAUGGCUGACCAAGAUUACGUAAUACAACCAGUUCAACCUGGAGACACGGAGGAAUGUCUUGAGUUACUGAGGAAGACAUUUUUCAUCGACGAGCCUAUGAACCAUGCGGUGGGACUAUGCAGUGACGGUAACUGUGCAGAUCUUGAAGAAUACUCCGCACACUACCUACACGAAAACGGAUGGUCAUUCAAAGCAGUCGACAAGAAUGGCAAAAUUGUCGGCGUCAUGGUCAGCGGAUUGAGUCCUUUGAAACCAAAAGAUGAUGGCAGCGACUACGUGACCCAGGCUCAACAGUGCAAAGACCCGAAAUUCGCAAAGAUUCUAUACGUGUUAGCACAAAGAGAGGAAGGUGCCAAACUUUGGGAGAAGUUCCCCGAUUUGGACGAGGUGCUGGACGUGAAACUUGCGGCCACAGACCCCAACUGGAGGAAACGAGGCAUCAUGAACAAUCUGUUAGCUGCUACAGAGAAGCUGGCCAAGGAACGUGGUAUCAAAGUACUGCGCAUGGACACAUCGAGUGCCUUCUCAGCAAUGUCGGCGGAGAAACUUGGCUUCACUUGCAUGUACUACGCUCCCUACACUGAGAUCAAAAUGGACGGCAAGCCGCUUAUAGUCCCCGAACCACCUCACGUACACGACAAAGUUUAUACCAAAGUCCUAUUAUAAAGUUCCAAAAAUUGUUUUCUAUUUAACCUGUAUUAGCUAUAUUAUGUAAUACUAGCGUCUGCCAAGGGCUUCACUCGCGUUCCUGUGUGAUAAAAAGAGUCAUUCAAGUCAGCUCAUACCCUGUGUGUAUACCAAAAUUCAUCAAAAUCCGUUAAGUUUCAGGUGUGAUUGACGGACAUAAACAUCCAAUGAAACAAACUUUCACAUUUAUAAUAUUAGUGUGAUUGUAGUAUUGGUUUGCACGAACAGAACUAAUCGUAUUAAACUUCUUAAGAUAAGUUAUUGAGCUGUCACAAUCUUACCUAAAAUAAGUACUUAUAUUAUAACUAUUUCUUAUACUAUAACUACUAUUGUUAAAUAAAUUAUGUUACCUA